CUAGCCGAUCCGUCGAUCGAUCGGCCCGUUAUAAGUGGACCGCAAGUGCAACGGUGACUUCCCAGAUAAGCUCUGUCCUCGAUAAGUAGAAGCUCGAGAGAACUACUCCAAAGCGCGAGGAAGGAAGAUUGUGAGGUACAUUAGCCGAUCGAGGAGGUCAAGGGCGGGAGAAGAUGGUGAUCAAGGGCGCGCUGCUGUUCUUGGUCGUCUGCGCGGCUGCUCGAGCUGCUUCUGCCGGCGAUGGCCCACUGCCGAAUGGCAACUUCGAGGACUCGCCGGACAGGUUCCAAAUGGACGGCUCGAGGGUGACGGGGGCGAACGCCAUCCCACAGUGGAAGAUCACCGGGCACGUGGAGUACAUCGAGUCCGGGCAGAAGGAGGGGGACAUGAUCCUGACGGUGCCGGAGGGCUCGCACGCCGUGCGGCUGGGCGAGGAUGGCUCCAUCCACCAGCAGCUCAGCGUGGCGCCGGGCACGCAGUACUCCGUCACCUUCAGCGCGGCGCGCACAUGCGCCCAGUACGAGAAGCUGACCGUGUCGGUCGUCCCCGGCGACGCGUCCGACGAGAUCUCCAUCCAGACGGUGUACACCAGCAGCGGCUGGGACUCCUACUGCUGGGCUUUCCAGGCCACGAACGACGUCAUGACGCUCACCAUCCAUAACCCCGUCCACGAGGACGACCCCGCCUGCGGCCCCAUGAUCGACUCCGUCGCCAUCAAGGCGCUCUACCCUCCCCAGGCCGCCGGCGACAACUUGCUGAGGAACGGCGACUUCGAGCAGGGGCCGUACAUCGCGCCGGGGUCACCAUUUGGGGUGCUGGUGCCCAACAGGGACGAGACCCACAUCUCGCCGAUCUCGGGGUGGAUGAUCAUGUCCUACUCCAAGGUCAUCAAGUACGUGGACUCGCAGCACUACGCGGUGCCGCAUGGCUCCUACGCCGUGGAGCUGGUGUCCGGCGGGGAGGCCGCGCUGGUGCAGGAGGUGGACACCGCGCCGGGGAGCGCGUGCAGGCUGGAGUUCUCGGUCGGGAACGCCGGCAACCGGUGCGAGUCGAGCGACGAACAGCCCAUGCGCGUGCUGGUCUCCACGGCGGGCGGGAGCAAGACCGUGGUGCACCGCUCCGACGGCAACGGCGGGGGCACCACGCGCGCCUCGCUCGAGUUCACAGCGAUCCAUAGCCGGACCAAGGUGGUGUUCUCCGGCUCCAGCUACCACACCAAGUCCGACAGCAGCGGCACCCGCUGCGGGCCCGUCGUCGACGACGCCUCGCUCGUCUGCGUUCCGCCGACGCCUGCCCGCCGGUUGCUUCGCUGAACUGAUGCGUCCGUUCGUUCCCGAAGUUGACGGCUGGUGCAUUGCGUCUGAAACACAGGGUAUCCGCGGCCGUGCUGGCUUGGCAAUUGUACCACUACACAUUUUUUUCGUUACUUAUUUUUUUAGGGACGGCUUUAUGCGGACUUGCUAAAUUUCUGGCACCUGAACUUUAUUUAGGAAUUUGAACAUCGCCGCCGUCAUGGCCUUGGCCGUUGAGGCUACUGGAAAUGAUCCUCUGUUUAAUCAUGGAACGUUGUACCAAAAAAAAAAUUCAAUUUUGCUAAAAUAUAUCUAGAUGUGUCAUAAA